GGAAGAGUGAUUGAGAAAGAGGACAAACGCAGCAGAACAGCGUUUCAAUAACCAGUAGACGCAGGAAAUCAAUAACCCGUUCUAUCGAAAAUUGUGGACGCGCUGCAUCUCUGGGUGUAUACUCUGACUUUACAGAGUAGGACCACAUAACUUUGAAGAAAGCAUCACCAUGCAUUUGCAGAGGAAAUCUACACUAGGUGGAGGAGUUGUUGUGGUGCUGCUGCUGGGUCACAUGAGCACGGCUCUAGAAGUUCCUCUGGACUCAAAAAUUUUGGAAGGAUUACCACAACCUCCCACUAUAACCCACCAGUCCCCUAAGGAUUAUAUCAUUGAUCCACGAGAGAACAUUGUCAUCCAGUGUGAAGCAAAAGGAAAGCCACAUCCCAGCUUUUUUUGGACACGUAACGGGAGUCAUUUUAAUGUGGACAAAGACCAAAAGAUUACAAUGAGACCGAACAUGGGCACACUGGUCAUAGACACUAGUGGAGAAAAAGCUGAGGCAUAUGAGGGUGUCUAUCAAUGCAUGGCACGCAAUGAUUAUGGCACAGCCGUAUCCAACAAUAUUGUCAUACGGCAGUCUAAGUCUCCCUUGUGGUCAAAAGAAAGAAUUGAACCAAUUACAGAGCGGGUGGGCAUGUCUCUGGUCCUGCACUGCAGACCCCCAGCUGGUCUUCCCCCACCAGUUAUCUUCUGGAUGGACAAUAAUUUCCAGAAGCUGCCUCAAAACCAUCGUGUGGCUCAAGCACUGAAUGGAGACCUGUACUUUUCCAAUGUGUUGCUGGAUGACAGCAGGAAUGACUACAUCUGCUAUGCACGAUUUCCUUACACCCAGACCAUUCAGCAGAAGCAGCCUAUUACUGUCACUGUGCUUAAUGGUGAGUUUCUCAGCAAAGCUAGUGCUGCUGACAAUCAUUUUUCAUUUGUUUCAGAUCAACCACCAGUAGAGCGAAAACCCUCCAUCAUGCACCCGGUAGGGUCAAACAGCACCACCAAGGCCCUAAAAGGGGAACAUCUGGAGCUAGAAUGCAUCGCUGAUGGUCUACCCACACCAGAAAUCUCAUGGACUAAGCUUAAUGGUAAUCUACCUAGUAGCCGCAUCUCCUUCGGAAACUUCCAGAGGACUCUGAAUAUCACAUCAGUAACAGAGGAAGAUGGAGGAGACUAUGUUUGCCUGGCCAAAAACCAUUUUGGCAGCGUUAAUCACACCAUCACUGUGGUGAUCAAAGCGGCUCCAUUUUGGACCAGCGCUCCCCGUAACCUUAUCCUGGCCCCAAAAGAGACAGGCAUGUUGUCCUGCCAUGCUGGGGGGAAUCCUAAACCCAUCAUCAGCUGGUCCAUCAAUGGCGUCCCAAUUGAGGACUCACCCCAAGAUUCCAAUAUAAAAAAAGAAGGCAACAUCAUCACUCUUAGUAAUGUGCAGAGUGGAUCCAGUGCUGUGUACCAGUGCAAUGCUUCUAAUGAAUUUGGCUAUCUGCUGGCCAAUGCUUUUGUCAGUGUGAUUGCUGAGCCUCCGAGGGUGUUAACGCCCCCAAACAAAGUUUACCAGGUGAUUGCCAACAAUCCAGCCAUGCUGGAUUGUGCCACCUUCGGGUCACCUUUACCUAAGAUCACUUGGUUCAAAGAUGGCCAGACACUGGAUGGGGAUUCCUAUGCCCAGCAUCCAAAUGGUACUUUACAAAUAAAUGAAGCACAGUCAAAUAAUAGUGGUAAAUAUAUAUGUGUGGCAACAAACAACCUGGGCAACAAAGAAAAUUCUGUCCAUCUGGAAAUUAAAGAGCCCACCCAGAUCUUGGAGCAGCCUGAGUAUAAAGUGGUCCAGAGGAACAGCAAGGUUGUGUUUGAAUGUCAGGUGACACAUGAUCCCACGCUUACACCUAUCAUGACUUGGCUCAAAGACAACGAAAGACUUCCUGAUGACGAGCGGUUUGUGAUGAGCUCAGACAGUCUGACUAUAAAUUAUGUGACUGAGGAAGAUAAAGGAACCUACACAUGCAUUAGAACCACAACUCUAGACCAGGAUUCUGUCAGCACUACACUUACUGUAGUCGAGGUUCCAGAUCAACCCAAAGAUCUGGAGCUGACAGAUCAGAGUGAGCGCAGUGUGCAGCUUACGUGGAUUCCUGGAGAGGAUCACAAUAGCCCCAUUAAGGUGUUUCUAGUCCAGUAUGAGGACUCUCUUCAUGAGCCAGGUGUGUGGUACAAUCUGACGGAGGCCUCAGGUUCUAGUACCACAGCACAUCUGGAACUUUCACCCUAUGUUUACUACUCAUUCAGAGUGUUGGCGCUCAACGAUGUGGGAUUGAGCGAACCUAGCAGCUCCUCUGGCCAGUACCGCACCAACCCUGCUCAGCCUGAUGAAAAUCCAUCUGUCACUGAAGCAAUUGGAACAGAGCCAGAUAAUAUGGUGAUAUCCUGGAGGGAAUUAUCAGGUCUUCAGUCCAAUGGUCCUGGACUUCGAUAUAGGGUGAGCUGGAGACGGAAGGAUGUAGAUGAAGACUGGACGUCAGUCACAGUGGUUAAUGCCUCAGAGUACACUGUGUCAGGGACACCCACCUUUGUCCACUAUGAAGUUACAGUACAGGCUGUUAAUGAUUAUGGAGUAGGACCCAAACCACAGGUGAUUCUGGGAUACUCAGGAGAGGACACUCCCAUGGUGGCUCCAGAGAUUGUGAAAGUGCAGGUGCAGACUAGCACACUAGCCGAGGUACACUGGGAUCCCAUUCCCCCCAAUACAAUUAAUGGGAGGAUGUUGGAAUACAAGGUGCAUUACUGGAAAGAGAGGAGCCUGCAAAGAGGGGAAUCUCAGCCAGAAAUGCUCACAGUGCUCACGUGUAGUGGAAAUGAGACACAGGUCAAGCUUGAUGACCUGCAUCCCUACAGCCAAUACUCUGUCAAUGUCAGGGCAAUAAAUGUUAAAGGUGAUGGACCUGCCAGUGCUGACCAGCAAUUUGAGACACCCCAAGGAGUUCCUGGACCUCCCACUUUUCUCAGAAUCACAAAUCCAAAUGUGCACACAUUUAGAGUGGAGUGGGGUUCACCCUUGCAUGAGAAUGGCAAGCUCACUGGCUACUUGCUCAGAUAUGAGGCCAUCAAUAAUACAGAUGAACCUAAAGAGAUUAGCUUUCCGGCAAAUAAGACCAGUGUCACUUUGGAAAACCUUAAGUACAGCACACGCUACAGAUUCAACUUAAAUGCCUUGACAAUCCAGGGCUCAGGGCCCGCCAUCUCAACGAUGAUCACAAUUAUGGAUGAAGCAUUAAUACGGAUGCCAACGGUAGAGGCAGGCACCAAACCCUCUAUACAUGCAGUCUCUUCAAUCACUCAGUCUCUGCACCCACCAUCUCACAAGGUGCCUUCAGCAUUUGCCAACAUGAGCUAUACUGUGAAGGAAGACCACACAGUCUUAAACUGGGAGUACUCUGGGGCUGAAAAGAAUGUAUAUGUGGAAUAUGUCUUAGAUAACAGUAAAGAAGCCUGGAAAAGGGAGUCUGUAAACAGCUCUCAGACAUAUCAGUUAAAAGGUUUAAAGGCAGGCAUGACCUAUAGGGUACGCAUGGUGGCCAAAGAUCACACCGAUGCAACAGUGCAUAAGACGGACGAGCUGCUAAUUGCUGUUCCAGCUAAGACCAGCACACAGGUGGAUAUAGCCACACAAGGUUGGUUUAUUGGUUUGAUGUGUGCCAUUGCUCUGCUGAUCCUAGUCCUUCUCAUCAUCUGUUUCAUCAAGAGAAACAAAGGAGGCAAAUACCCUGUAAAAGAAAAGGAGGAAGCUCAUCAGGAUCCAGAGAUCCAGCCUAUGAAAGAUGAUGAUGGCACAUUUGGAGAAUACAGUGACACAGAAGACCACAAACCACUGAAGGGCAGCAGGACACUGUCCAACGGUACUGUGAAGAGGGAUGACAGUGAUGACAGUCUGGUGGACUAUGGAGAAGGAGGAGACGGCCAGUUCAAUGAGGAUGGUUCUUUUAUUGGCCAGUAUAGUGGCAAGAAAGAGAAGGAUACGGCUGAGGGCAAUGAGAGCUCUGAGGCGCCAUCUCCUGUCAAUGCUAUGAAUUCGUUUGUGUAAUUUCCUGAAGGCCCAAUGACCUGAGAACCCACCAAACACCUGUCUCUUCUUGUCACGCCUUCAUCUGGAGAACAGAAAGUUGUAACUUCACUGUGAUCCUCCUGACAUCACGCAGCAUCUACCACACCAACUAAUCUAUUCAUUCGCAUAAGAAACAGAGAGAGAUCGGAAGUGAAAAGGAAAUAAUGCAAGAGAGAGAGAGAGGAACAAAAGUACAUAUAAGGGAGUGCUUGAGAAAGGGAGGAAGGAAAAAUCAGGGAAACAGGAGAAAGCAGCAGACCCAGAAGCAAUGUAUUGUAUGAGCAGAAUGUCAGAGUGAAAGUGUGAUGACCUUAAUGUGAUAAUUCUGUAUUAUCUUUUGCAAUCUUAUACAUAAAACUAUAUAAAAGUAUAUUUGCUA